CGCGAGUUUGAAGAGCAAAAGGACGACCAGGAGCGAGUGGAAAGGGGGCCGUGUUCCUGUGGAUCCCCGUCUCUUCGAUAUUUGGGGGGGAUUAAAAAUCACGCCGAACCGCAGCGUUGACGGCCGAGCGCCAGCAGGGCCCACGAUGUCCAGUGAAGUGCAAAGACCGGACGAUAGCCCCAGCACCAGCGGCGGCAGCUCGGACAUCGAGCAGCGCGAGUCGUCGGUACCAACCGAGCAGGAGCGCGAGCAAGCGCAGCCCAAAAAGAAGGAAACAAAGAUCUCUAGUAAAACCGCUGCUAAACUCUCGACGAGUGCCAAGAGGAUUCAGAAGGAACUGGCUGAAAUUACAUUAGACCCGCCUCCAAAUUGCAGUGCCGGCCCCAAAGGAGACAACAUCUACGAGUGGAGGUCCACCAUCUUGGGACCGCCGGGCUCCGUGUACGAAGGAGGCGUCUUCUUCCUGGACAUCGCCUUCACGCCCGACUACCCCUUCAAACCCCCCAAGGUGACGUUCCGCACUCGGAUCUACCACUGCAACAUCAACAGUCAGGGCGUGAUCUGUCUGGACAUCUUGAAGGACAAUUGGAGCCCCGCCCUCACCAUCUCCAAGGUGCUGCUGUCCAUCUGCUCCUUGCUCACAGACUGCAACCCAGCCGACCCCCUGGUGGGAAGCAUCGCCACACAGUACCUGACCAACAGAACCGAGCAUGACAGGAUAGCCAAGCAGUGGACCAAGAGAUAUGCCACAUAGACACACGCACGCAGACACACAUUUGAGCCUCGCUCUCGCUCCCUUCUUUGUCUUCUUCCUCGUCACUCUGCCACUCUACCUCUUUUCCCCCCUAUGUUCCGUCAAAGCACACUCACUAAGUGCAUCGCUGUACCCGGGCCCUCCUCUUCUUCCUCCUCCUCCUCCUCCUCCUCCUCUUCCUCCACCCCAAACAUUUUAUGGGUUUAAAAAUUUAAAAACACACACACACACACAAAAAUCCUCUCUUUUUUUUUUUUGUUGUUGUUCCUUGUUGACUUGAAAGCUUCUUUUUUAUACAAAGAUUAGUCGAUUGGGGGAUUUUUAUUUUCCAAUAAGUGAUUGUUGGAAGUUAUUGUAUUGGAAAUUUAAGACAGCGUUAUAAGCAGGGGUGCACACGAGGGAAAAUAUUAAGUUCAUAAGUGUUUCCAGUUGCUGCGCGGUUGUGUACCUCGUGUUUUGUUCUUUCUUUUUUUUUAUGUGGGAAGGAGCGGUAGCAUUGUGUUGUUUGUAAACAACUUUUCUGAAUCUUUUGAUUUGAACUGCAGGUGCAAAUAUUUUGGGGACUAGUUUGAAUGACGCCCAGUACAAGAUCUCCUUCUUUACUAUUGUUGACGCUUAUACUGUUUUAAAGUAAGCACACAAACCUUACAACUAAAAAAAAUAAAAAAAUAAAUAAGAACAGAAAUACGGCUAUAGCAAUCACACCGACUACAAAAAUGACGUGGUUCAACUGUAUGGAUUAACGAGGUCGCCCGCGGCAGCUAGCUAUCUUAACCAACCGAGCUGCACAAUGGCAGCGGUACGAACGGACGUCAAACUCGAAAUGGAUUCCUAUUUAAACACAGUGAUCAAUUCUGCGGCCACCGCACAUUUGGCACAUGCCAAGUUUUACGUUCAUUCGGUGAAGUCAGCGGGUGGGUCGAAAAAUAUGGGCACCAAUUGAGGAUCAAACCAAAAUGAUGUGCACCCCUGAUUAUAGGCAUCACACACACAAAUAUGUCAUUGUCAUUUUCAAUUUGGCAUCUGGAAGACAACGUGCGCUUUUUACUUUCUCCUCUUUAUUUUGUUGUUUGUUGUAUUUGUCUCGACAUGCAUGGAACAGGAGCCGACAUGCUUUUUACCUUUUUCCGCUUUUUCUUUGUACUGUAUGUAUUUUUUCAAAGGCUUUUUUUGCAGGCAGACCACAUGAUAGAAAGAAAAUUGUGUGUGCGUGUGUGCGUGUGUGCGUGAGCGUGUGUGUGGAGGUCUGCCUGUGAAAAGAGGGCAGGACUUGUAUAUUGGACUGGCUACCCGCGCCGCUGCUGUUGUGCACUUGUAUUACUGAAAACACCCAAUAAAAAACACACUGUGGUUGGCUUGUGAGAAAAUAACAA